CUCUUGGCUUCGAAUUUCUUGGCAGUUUCUUUGUGAUGGGUACCCUGGACAGAGGGUAUCCGGUCUUUGUAUAAUAUUAGUCGGGGUGGUCCAGUUUGUUGGAUCAGCCCGUUAGUCAUUUAUUAAUUACUUAUUUAGGGCGGCCCAGCCUGUUGAGCCAGCCCAUUGGUCUUUGUAUGUAAACCCUAGCCCUAACUCUCCCGUUAUAUAUACCCCUCUUCUUGGAAGAGAUGGGGAGGAAGGAGCUCAUUCAACACACACACCACACGUUCUAACAAGCACAGUAACACUCAUAUUUUACUUGACCCCAAAUUUGUGCACUCUCGACUCGGUUCGAUACUCUUCCGCUAGUCACCUAGGCCCUCGGGUUCCUUAACCCAACAUUGGUGCUCUCGCUGAGAGUGUCGAACACAUCAAGCGUGCUCUCUUCAAUUUUCCUUUGAUUUCUAUUUUCAUUUUCCUAGUUCAUCAUUUUUCCCCAAAAUCUGGAAAAUCCGAACUUACUUUCGGAGGAUUUUGCGGUUCAUCACUUCUCAUCCACUGAACCACUCUCUGGAUCUGGAAUUUUUUAAGGAUUUCCUUUUAAAAAAUCCAUGAAGAAGAAACUGGAAACUGGAUCUUGGCGAGGUCACUCUUUCGCCACUUCGCCGGACGAGGUCAUUGACGCCGGAGUGCAGCGCCGCUCUCAGCUCCGGAGUUCUAGACCAACGCUUCACCGAACAUCACUGCGGGUAAGGUUGUCUCCAUGGACGCCGGCGCACUGCUCCGUCCUAAGCCCCUGAGCACCGGCGGCGAAGCCCUAGUCCGUUCGUGUCCUCUGCGAUGAGCUUCAGGUGACACUCGAAUUUCCUAUCCCGGCGAACGGUGCAACCGCAAGAGUUCCGAUAGACAAAGGAGAUUGCAGAUCUAAUCGGAGCCAAGAUGCCGUCAAAACAUCCCAAUCGGAGCCACUGGUCAAAUUGCAACCAGACCAAACGGAGCUCUUUCCACCGGCGAGGAAUCAACGGCUCUGGGUUCCGAGUCGAAUUGUACCACGAGCGAGAGUAGCGACCACGGUCAGUAAAGUUCCGACGACCCUCUCACCCCGGCGAGUGCGGAAGCGACCAGUUCCCAACGGCCGCAGCAGCAGACGGUGCAGCCGACGACGAGCAAGUCCGAAUCCAGCAGCCCGGCUACGUAACCAGUCCUGGCCGGCAGCGACCCACCUCCAUCCCUCCAGCAAUGGUUCUCGGUGUGCAGGCCUAUCAGUUGUCAAUCCGAAAAGCGCGCAGGCCCCUCGAUGCGCGUGACUUUUGAUGGGCAAGACUACUGCUUCUGUCAAAUCUGCCGGCUCUAUAAAAAAGAAAGGAGCCUAUUUUUUCUACAGUAGAAAUAUCUUGUGGGAAUACGGAGUAUCUUUUAUGAUAGGGUCCAUUGAUGUGUUUGCUGGACCCCACACAGAAUUGGGCACUCUAACCCGUGAAGCAAGUAUCAACCUUUACAUCUAUAUAGUGGAUCUCAAUUAUAGGCGGCGUAGUAGAAAAAAGAGAUAAGUCUCUUUAUCCCUGACACCAUCAUUUCAACUAUUCCAUAUUUAUUACUUUUACCAAAUUAUCAAUGUCACUAUUGAUAAUAUUCACUCUAUAAUUAUUACCAUUAGGGCUGUUCAACAUUAGGGUCGGUCUUCGGUCCUAGUAUUUUAAUAUUUUGGGUUUCGAUCCGGUCCGGUCUAUACCCGAAUUUAUAUCGGUCUAGACCGAAAUAACCGAUAACUCUUGCAGAGCAUAUUUCAUCCGCUGUGCACUCUAGACUCCAAGCCUAAUUUGCAUCUUCUCUGAUUCUCCCAGGUAGGGUUUUUUUCAAUUUUAUACGUAGUUUGGCACAAUCUUCUCUAACUUAGAUGGCUCUUCUAUUUUCGUCUCCGACUCCGUCCUUCGUCUUCCAUCUUCAACUAUGUUCUCCGUCAGUAGAUGACCAUAUAUAGACUCCGAGUCAAGCAUUUCUGCAACUCUAUUCUCCACGUUUGCACUCCUGUUCAAGUAUGUGAGUUCAUAUACUUUUCAAUUAGACUUUAAUUGAGAAUCUGGGUAUAAUGAUUGCUCCCUCACCUUCAAUUUAGUCACUUACUUAUUGCAUAAAGUCUUUCGAUCUUCAAUUGAAAGUCAGGGCAAUAUUCAGUGCUUCACCAAGGAAGAAUUGAUAGUGGAGUAAAGGUUUGUCUCGGUCCUAUUCGGUCUUAAUCGGUUCGGUCUAUCAUAUUUCGGUCCGGUCCAGUCCAAAACCGAAUAUAUUUAGGUCCGGUCUUCGGUCUUGAUUUUGCCUCAAUUCGGUCUUCGGUCCGGUCCGGUUCGGUCCGGUCCGGUUCGGUCCGGUCCGGUUUUAGACCGAUGAACACCCCUAAUUACCAUUGCCUUGUCCACCAUGUGUGAUCAGACCUCACCAGGACAAUGAUGUUACACUUUGUCUUCGACACUUUAAGCCCUGAUGUGGGACGGGUGCAAAGCUUGAUCUCACACCCCACACAGGCCAGCGACCUGCCUCAAGGCAUGACUCAGAUCCAACUCAUUUAGUCAUUCCUUAGCGAGGCCGGGUAAAACCUCCCUACGAGGUGUUGAAGAUCGUCUACGACGAUAUUAUCGCGAGGCCGAGGUAAGACGUCCACCGAGACGCACUCCCAUCCGUCUUCCACGACGUGAUCUCAUUUCCUCUUCCACGAGGCUGAGGUAAGAUGUCCACCACAACACACUCCCAUCCGUCUUUCACGACGCGAUCUUAUUCCUCUUCUACGAGGCCGAGGUAAGCCCUCUCCAUGAGGCACUCCAAAUCGUCCGCGACGAUACUAUUCGCGAGGCCGAGGUAAGCCGUCCAUCCUGACGCACUCCUAUCUGUCUUCCACAACGUGAACUAUUUGCUCUCGGAUCUAAGGCGAGGGGUGCAUUAUUUGUGCCUAUCUCACUUACCCGAGCAUCUCUCAUUUGAAGACCCCGGUCUCACUAAGGAUGACAUCAAGGUUUGUUCUAGACUAGACUACUGCACGAUCGGCGCACUUCGCUGAUUAGGCCUAUCUUUUGUCCGAGACUUUGGACUCAACUCAUACGUUGACUUAUUUUUCUCGGUCGCGUGGUGAUCGGUCCGCCCGAGCCUGCGAUCGCCUUGUAUUCUUUUUUGAACUUAUUUUGCAGGUUAGAAGGAUGAGAAGGCCAAGCUCGGCCUCAGCCACCGCGUGAGCCACUCAAGCUCGGCACAGCCACUCGAGCUCGGCCUCAGCCACUCGAGUUCCGCACAAGCCAUUCAAGCUCGGCUUCAGCCACUCAGAUCCAUUCAAGCUCAGCCUCAGCCACUCAAGCUCGGCCUCAGCCACUCGAGCUCGGCACAACCAUUCAAGCUUGACCUCAGCCACUUGAGCUCGGCACAGCUAUUCAAGCUCGGCCUCGGCCAUCUCGUGUAGGGGCCAGAGACUCCCAUCGGAGCUGAGCAUGGACAUUACUCCCCUUCUCCUCAGAAUUCUUCCUCUGGUUAGGGAGUGGGGUACUUCGGGUGCUCGGCUCAUAUUUAUUACAGGAGAGAUUCGUGAUCGACAUCCUAACUUUGUAUCAGAUUGCAACAGUACGCGUGCACCUACACUCGUUAGCAUUACAUUACGUCGAACAGCCCUCGACUCCGGACAACGAGUCCGGGGGACUUCAAGAUCACCUCUUCUGAGAUUCACACAGAAGACCUCACACCCUAGCAAUGUUUUCUUGAUCCACUCUGUGGAACGAGAUGUACUCUUUUCUUGACCGAGGAUUUUUUCCCAUGCUCAUGGGUUUUUUCCUCGACAAGUUUUUAAUGAGGCAUCCCCCAUGGAGUGGGUCACACAUUGACGGGAUUGUGGGAGGAUGUUCGAAGACGACAAACGGACUGUAGAUGACGAUUGAUUCAUCCACUCUUAUGGUGAUUGUACACUCUAGACAACAAGGAAUACGGUGUCCUUCCGUGGUGGAUUAUUGUUCUACUCCCACUUCACCUCGAGUUCCUCUCGGCUCGGGAAGUAGAGGACUCAUGAUGGAUACCCUGGACAAGGGGUAUCUGGUCUUUGUAUAAUAUUAGUCGGGGUGGUCCAGUUUGUUGGAUCAGCCCGUUAGUCGUUUAUUAAUUACUUAUUUAGGGCGGCCCAGCCUGUUGGGCCAACCCAUUGGUUUUUAUAUGUAAACCCUAGCCCUAACUCUCACUUUAUAUAUACCCCUCUUCUUGGAAGAGAGGGGGAGGAAUGAGCUCAUUCAACACACACACACCACACGUUCUAACAAGCACAAUAACACUCAUAUUUUACU